AUGGCCGUUUACGGUGGCAAGAAGCAUUCAACAAACAACGUUUCCGUAAAUUACAUUAUCACUCCAGGAAAGGAGAUUUUGGCCGUGAAGUGUAAAAACUCUAAAAGCAAGCCAUGGAUUCUAGCAAGUGUUAGUAAUGGAAUGAUCACAGAUCCGCUAUGGAAAUGUUUCAGUUUAAGAAAUGAGAUCUUCAAUGGAAACCCUUGGACAAAACCAGACUUCAACGAUAGUCAUUGGGCCCAGGCCGUCGCAGGGUUCUCAAACCGAGGAGAAAACCCAUUGGGAAAAGUCCUGGACAUUAAAGAUGAAGCCCUCUGGAUAUCAACCGCUGAAGAUGACCCGAAGUUGUUUUGCAGGCGUAAUCUGUCUGAUAAAGCGACAUUACCCUUAACCGCCAUCCGACAAGAUAUCUCGAGGGGUAUGCCUGAAUAUAUUUGAUAGUCUUUAAAAGAUUUAUUUUCAUAUAAAACACUUUUUUCAAAUCUAUUUCGAUCUUUCUUUAUUGCUCUCUCUGGCUUUUUCUUUCUAGUUUUAUUACCCACAUUAUCUUGUUUGUUUGGUAUGGAAUUGUGGCUAACUAAUUUUCUAGGAGAGGGAGAAAUUCAAUCCCCAAAGAGUAGUAGGUGAAUAACGAAAACGGUAGUGGAAUGUUUCCCCAAAUGUUGGUAGGGUUCAUGUAUAAUCCUGACAGGAUUGGUCUGUGCAUCUAUCCUUCCUAAAUUCGCGGCUUACAGAGAAAUGGGUUCAGAAACCCAUGGGUUCACGAUACAACCUGUCUCCAUAGGCAUAAGAGUGAUUCCUUCUCUGUAAAUUUAGUCUCUCCAAUCUCACCGUUACCAGGAAGCCGAUCGGUAAUUGUUGUUGUUACAGCGUGAACUUUUAUGCCCAUCUAACUAACCAGUAACUUACACUGAAAGACAUUUUCAUGAAUGCUAAUAUUCAACGAACCAAAAACGUUGCCAAUAGCAGUCAGGCCGACCCAGUUGUACAAAAGGUAAAAAGCGUUAUCCACCGGAUAAAAGUCUAUCCAGUGGAUAAAGCAAUUUGUUUCCCUAAUACUCAUCCGGUAGACAGUGAUUUAUCCAGCGGACAGCACUUCCAAGGUUUGAACAACCAGGCCCAGUAAGUUAGCGUUUUAGAAGACUGUGCCUGUAUGGUUUCAGUUAGUAAAAUGUUACUCAGGACCAGUUCUGAAAUUAUGUGACUGAAGCAGAGCACAACCACAUGUAGAUGAAGCAACAGCAGCAUGUGGCCAACUCACACAAUUUGUUGUUACUUUAAUUUAGCUCAACAUUGCAUUCUAGGAUUUAAUAUGUGCCACUCUUCAACAGAUACUUUUCAGACCAAACUCGAUGGAGUAGACUACGCCCUCCUCGGCCAGCCUCUUUCUGAACACGAUGUCAUUGACGUCAUAGAGUGUUUUAGGAAGUGCCGCGAUGACUCUCAGUGCCUCUCCUUCAACUUUGAGUACAAGUCAGUAUUACCGACAAGGAGAUGCGAGCUUCAUGCCAUUACCAAAAAUCAGGAUCCCGAGAAUUACGUCAUGAGGCCUGGCUACACAUAUUAUGAGUCGUAA